AUGGUGCAGAUGGAGGUCUCGCAGCAGAAGCUCGACGAAGACAAGCGGAUGAUGGGCGCAAUUGAGUCAGAAAUGUUCCGCUCUUCGCCUGUCAACGGUCGCGGCGGUGCUCCGUUGUAUAUCGAUGCACUCGGACAUUCACCGGUGCGUACAAGAACUGGACAAGGUCAUGCGAGCAUGCUACAUCAUGGAGCAGGUCAACAUGCGGUGCAACCAGAGUGGCGGGCACCGCAAGCAGAACCACCAGUACUCGCACCGUAUUCUAGCUCGGAGUACGCGACGGCUCAAGAUUACGCGAGAAGGAUGGAGCCGGACGCGCAGCGAGAAAUGCGAGUUCCGGAUGAGCGCCAACGACGGCUGACAAUUCGAAAGUCUGAUGGCUCCGAGCUAUAUCGUGACUUUGGUUCCGGUUUCCUGGACUGA